UGACUGUGAUGACGUCACGGAAAUGUUCUAGAACGUUCCAGUUCGACGGACGGAAGCCAUUUUGAUCAAAGAAAGACAGAACAGUUUCACCAUCUCGAAAACACCACUCGAGUUUUCUGCUGCGGGUAUUUUGAGCGUUUCCCAUGCCAGCUAAGAUGAGGCAGUCGAAGAGAAUGCGUUCUCCCAUGCUGAGAGAGGUGAGUUUAGAGGAGAAGAGAAAGAGACAUAGACGAGACUCACACAGCAGCGAGAGAGAGAAUAAACACAGAAAACACCACCAGCAUCACAAGAACAGCGAAGGUCAUUACCUUGAGACGAGGAGCUCAAAUGAAAGACUGGAAAUAAAAGAAAAGAAGUUCAGAGAACAUGAGGAUGACAGCCAUGCUGCCUGUAAAGACAAGGAGAGAAACCGGGACCGGGAGAGAGACAGAGACUGGCACCAUUACAGCAAGUCCUCUGGAAACAGCAGGCGGAGCAGCCAGCACAAACACAAGCACCAUCGCUCACACCAUCACUCAGAAUCGAGGAGCCAUCGCAGGAAAAGACCCAGGAGUGUUGAGGAUGAUGAGGAAGGGCACCUGAUCUAUCACAAGGGAGACAUGCUGAGAGCAAGAUAUGAGAUUAUGUGCACGCUCGGAGAAGGAGCCUUUGGCAAAGUGGUGGAGUGCAUUGAUCAUUCAGAUGGAGGAGCUCGAAUAGCUCUGAAGAUCAUUAAAAACAUUGAGCGCUAUCGAGAGGCAGCACUGUCUGAGGUGGAGGUGCUGGAGCAGAUGAACUCGCUCGACUGUGAUAGACGAUAUGCUUGUGUGCGGAUGCUUGACUGGUUUGAUCACCAUGGGCAUGUGUGCAUCGCCUUUGAGCUGCUGGGAUUGAGCACAUAUGAUUUUCUGAAGGAAAAUAACUUUCAGCCCUUCUCCAUCAACCAUAUCAGACACAUGGCCUACCAGAUCAUCAGAGCAGUGAGAUUUCUUCAUAAGAAUAAGCUGACACACACAGACCUGAAACCAGAGAAUAUCCUCUUUAUCAAUUCAGAGUAUGACAUCAAGUACAAUCCGAAAAUGAAAAGAGAUGAGAGAACUCUGAAAAAUCCUGAUGUGAAAGUAGUUGAUUUUGGCAAUGCAACCUAUGAGCAUGAACACCAUACAUCUGUAGUGUCAACAAGACAUUACCGGGCACCGGAGGUUAUUCUGGAUCUGGGCUGGAGUCAUUCCUGUGAUGUGUGGAGUGUGGGAUGUAUUCUUAUCGAGUAUUAUCUGGGAUCAACUCUAUUUCAGACACAUGACAGUAAAGAGCAUCUGGCCAUGAUGGAGCGAGUGCUGGGCCCCAUACCUACCUACAUGCUGCAGAAAACAAGGAAGCACAGAUACGUUUGUCAUGAUAAACUGGACUGGGACAUGCACAGCUCCUCAGGGCGUUAUGUCAGGAAGCAAUGCAAGCCACUGAGACAAUACUUGGCCUCCAGGAGCUCUGACCACGAGCAGCUGUUUGAUCUCAUAGAGAGGAUGCUGGAGUAUGAUGUCACCAAGCGGAUCAACCUGGAUGCAGCCCUCAAACAUCCGUUCUUUGACUGUAUCAGGAAGAGCAAGAAGUAGUGUUGAUCUCACUGCUCACUCUAGUUCCUCUCUGGGAGAGGCUGCCAAUGACUGUAUCAGUCCUCUGUAUAGAUGAUAAACUGCUCUUCUCAUUGUUCAUAUUUAUUAUGCUUGCUAUUUGGUUGAGGGUACGUGACUUGUUACUCUUGAGUUGUCCACUGAUUUUGUCAUUUAUCAUGUAAAUGUAUCACAUGACAGAGAUUCAGAUGUGUAACUGUAAAGAGAAUGAGCUUAAGCUUACUAGACAGUUUUGUUGUUUUAUGUUGUUGAAUAUGCUCUUGUAUGUGUAGGAUACUUGUAUAAUUAAGUCAUAGAUUUGUUAGAAUGAUCUGUAUGAAAGUAGUGAUAUUUUGAAUUUUCAUGAUUUCAAAUAAAAUCAAGUCACUGUCAA